AUGCCGGCCCAAGUGAUCCCUGAGCAGACCUUUCAGUCUCUCCACGACACCAUGAUGGAGGAGACAAAUGCAACUUUAUUCCAUAAAAGGUUGGAAGGCAAAGUAGCCAUUAUUACCGGAGGUGCACACGGAAUCGGCAAAGCAACAGUCAUGCUUUUUGCUAGACACGGUGCCACAGUGGUGAUCGCUGACGUGGACGACACGGCGGGCACGUCCCUGGCUAAAUCUCUCUCAUCAUUCCAGGUCACGUUCAUAAGGUGCGAUGUCUCGGUGGAAGCUGACGUGGAAAACCUCGUGAACGUGACUGUUUCGCGGUACGGUCGGCUCGACGUGCUGUUCAACAACGCGGGAGUUCUCGGCGAUCAGAAGAAACACAAAAGCAUUCUAGACUUCGACGCGGACGAGUUCGACCGAGUGAUGCGAGUGAACGUGCGAGGCGCAGGGCUCGGGAUGAAACACGCGGCACGUGCGAUGAUCAAGAGAGGGUUUAAAGGAUGCAUCAUCUCGACGGCGAGUGUGGCCGGCGUUAUGGGUGGGAUGGGCCCACACGCUUACACGGCGUCGAAGCAUGCGAUCGUUGGACUGACCAAGAACGCAGCGUGUGAGCUUGGGAAAUAUGGGAUUAGAGUUAACUGCAUAUCUCCGUUCGGAGUUGCCACGUCGAUGCUUGUGAAUGCGUGGCGGAAUACAAGUGGUGGUGACGUGGAUGAUGGUGAUGACGUGGAGGAGAUGGAGGAGUUUGUGAGGGGUUUGGCUAAUUUGAAAGGAGAGACGUUGAGAGCGACGGAUAUAGCUGAAGCUGCGUUGUAUUUGGCAAGUGAUGAGUCGAAGUAUGUUAACGGACAUAACCUUGUCGUUGACGGUGGUGUGACCACUGCGAGAAACUGUGUCGGUUUGUGA